GGAUAUGGCUCUGCUGGCUAUGGUGCAAAUACAAGGUAUAUGGAGCUGCAAGUAUGAAUGGUCCUGGUUCAGCUGUUGUUGGUAGUGCUGGGACUGUUCCUGCACAAUCAGGCCAAUCUCCAUGUGGGGCCACGGGUUAUGGGAACCAGGGAUAUGGCUAUGGUGGUUAUGGUGGGAACGAGGGGUAUGCUAAUCCUAGCAGCUAUGGUGCUGUAGGGGGGCAUGCUUCAAGCACCCGAAAUGCUAAUGCUGGUGGUGGUGGGGGAGACCAACAAGGGGCAGGUACUGGCUACAUGGGCAGUGGCUAUGGUGAUGCCAAUGGGAAUUCUGGCUAUAUGAAUGUAGGAUGGAGGGGUGAUGGCUAUGGUGCCACCCAGGCAAAUGGCCCCUCUGGUGGUUAUGGUGGUGGUUACAGAGGUGAUCAGUCCAGGCAGGCUCAACAGUAGUGAAAUGCAGCUGGCUGCGAUGUCAACUGGGUAUUUCUUAUUUUGAGGAAUCUUCCUUUUCUUACUCUCAAAAUCUAGUUUGGAUCGUUGUCUCGCUCAUGGAGGGAUAGCUUGUGCAGAUGAAAGCAGAUUUUGGGACUAGUUGGAUUGCUUGAAUCCUAGAAGUUAGCAGUGGUAGCUAUUUUUCUAGUAUAUAAUGAGUAGUUCUGAGUAGCAACACAUACCACUCUCUAGUUUUUGUCUUGAAGUGCAGUUUGUUAUGUUUGGCUUGUUUACUUGCGCUUGCUUUAGCUAUAUUCUGGAGCCUUUUCCUCAUCUCUAGUGUUAAAGCUAGAGUAGCUUGUAUUAGACUAUUUACCUUGUGUGCUUGGAUACUUAUGUUGUUGUUUUUUUUUUCCUAAAUAAUAUGGCAUUAAGCAUUCUGAUAAAAAAUAAAAAUAAAAUAAAAUAUAAAA